CGCGCGCUACUGUACUAAAGCCGGAGUAGUGCGCUAGUGCGCGUGCCUGGCGUUCCCUUGACGUGUGGAGAACGUGUGUGGAUCUUACUGUCCUCUGACUGCUGAGGAGACAUGUAGAGGUGUUCAAACUGCUGGAAGACUACACAACAACACGCCUACAAUGCCCAAACCUGCGCCGUACUUCUCGUACUUCUAAACCAGCUUGUUGUUGUUGUUGUUGUUGUUUUCGAGAGGACCUGUUGGAUUAUUGGCUGAGGAAGUAAGCGCGAGGAGUUAUUUACUGCUGCUUUGUGUGGAGGAGAAACUUCACCUCAUUCACUUUGACAGUCUCUGAACAGGAUUCGACAUGAGUACGGCAGUAUAUGAAAAUGGUCAAAACGGCAAUGAAAGCAUCACCUUCCUAACAAAGGAACAGAAGGUGGCAUCGAAGCGGAAGAAGACAGGUCUGGUAGUGGGAAGUGUGGUGUUGCUGCUGGUGCUGGCGGCUGUGGCUGGCUUUCUCAUAUGGUGGUUCGCUGUCAGGCGCAGCACACCCCAGCAGGAACUGGCACCUAAACUGGGACUCCAGCAAAAUUUGGGUACGCGAGUCUUCAGCGGAGAGAUGAAGCUGAUAGAUGGCGCGUACAAGCCUGAAUAUGAGGACCCCAAAAGCAGGGAGUUCCGUGAGACAGCUGAUGCGCUGCAGGACAUUCUGAAUAAGACAAUCUCCAAUGACGCUUUUCUCUUCAAGUACUACAAUCACUCUGUCAUCUCUGCCUUCAGCGAUGGUAUGAUCGCAUACCACUGGAUACGCUUCGAUGUUCCUCCAGAGGACAUGGAGCUGCUGACCAAGCUGACACCAGAUCGUGUGCUGGAAACCCUUCGCCGAGGAGUCCGUCAGGAGGGCAAACGCAGCAUGCAGGCCUUCACCAUUACUGACAUCACCGCCUCGGUUACAGACCCCCGGAUGGCCAGGAACCCAAGAGCCCCAGCAGAGUGUUUCUUCCAGCUGGAGGCUACUUCCAGCAUCAAGAAGUUCCAGUCUCCUGGUUACCCAGUAAAGUAUCCAGCCCAGACACGCUGCCAGUGGCAAAUCCGCGCUCCUAAAGACAAAGCCAUCCUGGUCAAGUUCCCUUUUUUCUACGUUCAGGACUCAUGCUCCAGUGACUAUGUGUUUAUCUUCGACUCUCUCAGCACCGAUACAUCUCACGCCAUCAUGCAGUAUUGUGGUCACCGCCCCCCGACUAACCCCCUGGAAGUGAUCUCCUCUGGCAACCUUAUGCUCAUCAACCUCAUCACUGAUAAUACGAUUCAGAGACCAGGAUUUGAAGCACAAUACAGCGCCAUCCCCCCCAUUACAGCUCAGACAUGCGGAGGCCUUCUGACCAACCUGUCCGGAGUCUUCACCAGCCCGCACUACCCGAGCUUCUACCCCCCCAUGGUGGACUGCAACUGGACCAUCAGUGUCCCUGAAGGCAUGAAAAUCCGGGUGAAGUUCUCCAUGUUCCGUCUGAAGGAACCGGGCGUGAACAUCCGCAUUUGCAGCAAAGACUAUGUGCUGAUCAAUGGCACAAAGUACUGUGGUGAAAGAUCUGCUCUGACUCUGAAAAGCAACACCAACACCAUGGUGAUAACCUUUCAUUCGGACAGCUCGUACACGGAUAAAGGCUUCAGUGCUCAGUACAAUGCGUACGACCCACAGAACCCGUGUCCGGGUCAGUUCCCCUGUACCACAGGAUUCUGCAUUUCCAAAGAGCUGCAGUGUGAUGGCUGGAACGACUGUGGAGACAUGAGUGAUGAGAAAAAGUGCCAAUGUGAGGAAGACCACUUUGUAUGUGACAAUGGCAUGUGUAAACCUCGGUACUGGGUGUGUGACCAAGUGAACGACUGCGGAGACAACAGUGAUGAACGAGACUGCACCUGUGGGAAGAAUCAAUUCCGUUGUGGAGAUGGCACUUGUUUGCCUCAGACUGUAAUGUGUAAUGGGAAGAAAGACUGUGCAGAUGGCAGUGAUGAGGCCUCCUGUAAAGAGUCUGCAGGAAUGUGCACAGAUUUCACCUUCACCUGUGGAAAUGGCCAGUGUGUGAACAAACUCAACGCCGAGUGUGAUAAAGUCAGCGACUGCUCGGAUGGUUCUGAUGAGCAGGGCUGUAACUGUGGGGAGCGACCAUACAAACACAACCGGAUUGUCGGGGGGCAGAAUGCCGAUGUGGGUGAAUGGCCAUGGCAGAUCAGCCUACACUACCAGACCAGUGGGCACGUCUGUGGUGCCUCCAUCAUCUCCAACAAAUGGCUGCUCAGUGCCGCUCAUUGCUUUAUGACUGGAGACCCUCUCUACCGUGAGCCAUCGAGCUGGACGACAUACAGCGGUAUGAACGAUCAGGAAAAGGAGGAAAGAGGUGUGCAGAUGCGAGAGGUGAAGACCAUCAUCACGCAUGCAGACUACAACCAGAUGACAUUCGAUAACGACAUUGCAGUACUGGAACUGAAGGAGCCACUGGUGUUCUCCAGCACUGUUAAUCCAGUGUGUCUUCCCUCCAGCUCGCAUGUGUUCCCACCUGGGAUGCCCUGCUGGGUAACAGGCUGGGGGGCACUCAGGGAGGGAGGACGGACUGCAUCGGUUCUGCAGAAAGCAGAGGUGAAAAUCAUUAAUGACACAGUGUGUGAUUUAGUAACGGAGGGUCAGGUGACCUCACGCAUGUUGUGCAGUGGCUUCCUUGCUGGAGGUGUGGACGCUUGUCAGGGUGACUCAGGCGGUCCUCUGGUUUGUCUCUCCGAGGCUAAUAUUUGGUUCCAGUGUGGGAUAGUGAGUUGGGGAGAAGGCUGCGCACGCCGCAAUAAACCUGGCGUUUACACACGACUCACAAAGUUCCGUCAGUGGAUACGUCAACACACUCAAGUGUAGCAACAUGAUGAACUCCAGGACGACAAGAUGCCCAGUGUGUCUGCAUAAGUGUAUGAUUGAGCGUGUGUGUAUUUGUGUGUAUGUGUGAAGAUCUCAAAUAUUUGCCAGAUGAUCCUUAUGGACACUUCUAUUUUUUUAUACUGCUGAGCCUAAAGCUUGAUCUAGCACUGAAGACAAAUCUAGUUCUCAGGUCUAAAUAUCAUGAGGAAUUUUUAAAAAUAGAACUUUAAUUAAGUACUUAAAUUACUUAAAUAACUUUAAUUUAAGUAAUUAAAAAUGAUAAUAAUGUACUAAAUAAUAGUGGACGCCAAUGGUUUUCUGUUGAUUAGACUGAAAACCUUUGUGGUUUCUGUAAAACAAUUUAUUAUUGACAUUGUAUGAUAUUCUAAAAUUUUUAUAAGCAUGUGGGCGUUUUUUUUCUUGCAUUGUAUCACUGUGUUUCCUUCAACUGGAUUUCUGACCUUCUGGCAUCAAGACUGUUACAUCUGAGCAGAAUUCAAAGAUACAGCCUUUACAUCCUGCCCAGAAUCAGUUUGGAAUUUAUAAAUGUGUUUUUGAACUCCUUUUCUAUCACUGGGGACAAAAAGCUUCUGUGCAAUAUAGACAUUUCUACAGCUCUCCUGUAAAAUUGGCCCCCUUUUUUUUUUUUUUUUUUUUUUUUUUUUUUUUUUUUUUAACCAAUUUAAAACUGUUCACUCUCAGGAUGCUCGGCUAGUAGAAUGCAGGAUUAGACAAAAUGGGCCAUUUCCUUCAUCCUUUUGCCCAAACACUCAAGGCCAGGUUGGGUCAUCUGGCUCUCCGCAUGCUAACGGCCUGACUAGCUCAGCCGGAGGUGUUCUCUAAGCAAAGCGAACGUACGAUUGAAUCUGCAUCUCUCACUGCAUGAGGAUCGAGCGUGCUUCACAAGACUUCCCUACACUGUUUAACAUCUUGGAAAUGUUUUUUUAUAAUGGUUAUAUUUUGGAACAACAUAGUACUACUGUUCAUAUUUGCAGCUCUUUUGCAUUUUCAGUUGUGGUGAUUGAUGGACAUUUUCACUGUAGGCUAUUAUGACUCUUAUUAUGUGCUGUGCUGGUUUUUUAUGUCGGCUUGUAAGUGUUAUAUAAAGUUUAUCUGUCCAAUA